AUGGCUCCCGGAGGAAACAGUAUCGCCAAUGCCAGCCAGAACAUACAACGCGGACGCACCCUCAUCCGUCCUGAUCGAUACCAAGAGCCACCACCGCUCCUUACCGGAAAGACCACCUCGACAGGAACCAUGUUCGAUCCAUGGACCUUUUUUUCUCGUGUCGUCACCUUCUGGGCUUUUUCCCCGAUGCUCAAAGCUCUCGGAAUGUCUGAUGCCAGCAUGCAACAAGCCUGGCGUGAAAAGAUUACCCUUUGCUUCCUGAUUGCCUGCAUGGGUGGUUUUGUUGCCUUUAUAACUAUCGGUCUGAGCUCUGUUUUGUGUCCCUCAACCGAUGCCAGUAACCAACAAAAUUAUCUUUCGUACAAUGACUCUAUAAAUGGAGCUUCAUUGUUGGGAAUCAAUGGGUGGCAAUUCAAUAUCACUAACGCGAAGAAUACCGGAAACACCGAUUUCUUUUCCUUGGCAAAAACCCCUGGUACCGACAUCACCUCUCUCUUCCAACAUGGCACCACCAUCCCUGCAUGCCAAGAUACCGGCAACGCCGUCUCCACCAAAUUCGCUGCAGUCACUUUCAAUCCUUGUACAGCUGGAACCUGCACCCUCGGAUCCCUCACACAGACAACAUACGACGGCCUCGGAAUCUUCAACUCCACUCGUCAGGUUGGCUACGACUGGACAAACCUGGCAGGAGAAGAUCUUGCAAACUUCUUUGUUAUCGACGGAAACGUCCUCAAUCUAACCCCUUACAUUACAUCAAACCCUAACCCCCUUCCGGAUGACGAGCUUGACGUCCUUAUUCGCUACAUCCUCAAACAGAACUUUGCUGAAGGUGGCCGUGAUGCCACAAAGCUCUUCUUCCGUCUCCCGGAGCUUGAGGCCUCGAUCGACUGUAUGGUAGAAAAAUACAGGGCCGGAAAGAUCGACAAGGACACACCCGGAUGCUUUGUUGCCUCGAUCAUCCUGUUCUGCUCUCUUUUUAUUGUCCUUUCUAUUGUUCUCGCUCGCUUUUUUAUGGCCCUCAUCUUCUCUUGGUUCAUUUCCCGAAAACUAUCCCGCACUCCACCAGAAAUGCCUCGUAUCUCGCCUGGAGCUGCUGCAGGAGCUGCGAUCAGACCAAAUCAGACCAUGGAAAUGUCUGCCAUCAGCCCUAGUGCACCACUGAUGGCAGGCGGUGGAAGCGGAGGAGCUGGCUCAAACGCAACGGCUCGAUUGAUGGAAAUCGGUAACGACCUCUAUACCGUAAUGCUUAUUACCUGCUAUUCAGAAAAUACAGAAGGUAUUCGUGGAACCGUGGAAUCAUUGGCUGCUACAGAUUAUCCAGACGAUCGUAAACUGCUUUUCCUUAUUGCGGAUGGUAUAAUUACUGGCCACGGUGAGACUAUGUCCACCCCCGACAUGUGUCUUUCCCUCAUUACCUUUGAUGACCCUGCUAUGAAGAACCCAGAACCAAAGGCAUACAUGGCUGUUGCUUCAGGUGCAAAGCAACACAAUUGUGCAAAGGUUUAUGCUGGUCACUAUGUAUGUUCUGGACACAAGGUGCCCAUGAUUUUGGUCGUCAAGUCGGGCAAUCCAGGCGAACAGGGCAAGCCCAAACCUGGAAAUCGUGGAAAGCGUGAUUCGCAGCUUAUUUUAAUGAACUUUUUCAGUCGAGUAACAUACAAUGACCGCAUGACACCUCUAGAUUUUGAACUUUUCCAGAAAAUCACUUACCUUAUGAAGGCUACUCCAGACUACUUUGAGCUAGUACUAAUGGUUGAUGCUGAUACUAAAGUAUACGAAUCAUCCCUUCGCUUAUUGAUCAAUUGUAUGGUGAACGACAACCUAAUUAUGGGACUGUGUGGUGAAACAAAGAUUGCCAACAAACGAGACUCUUGGGUGACAGCCAUCCAGGUCUAUGAAUACUUUAUUUCCCAUCAUCUGGCUAAAGGUUUUGAAGCCGUGUUUGGUGGUGUGACUUGUCUUCCAGGCUGUUUCUGCAUGUAUCGACUCAAGGCUCGCAAGGGUGAUGGUGAUUGGAUCCCUAUUAUCACCAAACCCGAGAUUGUUCAGGAAUACUCGUCUAAUACCAUUGACACCCUUCACCAAAAGAAUCUGUUGUUGCUUGGUGAAGAUCGAUUCUUGACCACCCUAAUGCUCCGUAAUUUCCCCUUCCGUAAAAUGGUCUUUACUCCUCAAGCCAUUUGCAAAACAGUCGUUCCUGAUGAAUUCAAAGUGUUGCUGUCUCAACGCCGUCGCUGGAUUAACUCGACUAUCCACAACUUGUUUGAACUUGUGCUUGUGCGUAACUUGUGCGGUACUUUCUGCUUCUCGAUGCAGUUUGUUGUAAUGAUGGAUCUUGUCGGUACUCUCACUUUACCUGUCGCCAUUGUUCUCACCGUGGUUCUUAUCGUUUCGAUGGCAAAGACGCACAUCACCAGCUUUACUCUUGCCGUCCCUCUGAUCCUAUUGAUCAUCGUCUUGUUUUCGCCUGCUUUCUUGAUCCUUGUUACCACACGCAAGUGGGUCUAUCUUGCCUGGAUGCUUGUCUAUCUGUGUGCACUCCCGAUUUGGAAUUUCGUCCUCCCAGUCUAUGCGUUCUGGCAUUUUGACGAUUUCUCGUGGGGAGAGACCCGAAAGGUCGAAGGAGAAGCCAAGGGAGAUGACCACAGCAAGACCGACGGUGUGUUUGAUCCCGCAAGUGUGCCUUUGAAGAGAUGGGAGGACUAUGAACGCAAACGAGUCCGGGCCAAGAAGAGAAGAGAGCGAAAUGAGCGCGACUUGGGACCCACUCACCUCACACACAACAUUAUUGAUGAAGAAGACAGUCAGUUUGGAACAUUUGAUGACAACCGAUCGAACCUCUCGUUUAACAACAGCAAUGCCCAAGAUCCGGCACAUUACUUUGAUCCGUCCAAGGAAGCACCAGCCAAGAAUAGUGGUACCGGAUAUUACCCUUCAUAUCGGCCACAGUCGCAGGCUCCACUUCCGUCCCGUCCUGUGGCCCCGGUCCAGCCACACCCUACUGCACCAGGCCCUUGGGGCCCUCAACAAAACUUCACACCAUCUUCACCAAACUCUAAUUCACGGCCUUUACAACCAUCUUCAGCACCACUAGGUCCUGGUCAGUAUGUAGGAGCACAACAGCAUAAUCCUAACCCAUAUAACCAAGGACCCUACCAAGGAUUCUAGAAAUCUACACCCAAAAAAAAAUACAAAAAAAAAGAAGACAAUGAAAACAAAUUAGUAGAUGGCUUCUUUGUUUUUUUCUUUGUUUCUUUCUUUGGAUUAUCUGUAGUCUAUCCUCUUUCUUACAUCAACCUCCCUUACCUUAUCCUUUCUUUCUUUCCUCUCCUUCCUCCCCCAUUCCCUGUUCAAAUAUAUUUUUUAGUGUAUCUUUAGCUUGAGCAUACCCCUUCUCCAUCCUUGUCCCCCUCAGACACCCACUCUUUUUUUUUAUAUAUUAUUUUUAUUAUUGUUAUUAUUAUAUACAUACAUAUUCUUGUGCUCUCAUUCAAAAUAAAAAUAAAAUAAAUAAAUAAAUAAAUAAAUAAAUAAAUAAAAUUUGUGGUAAAAGUAUCAUAAUUUAUUAUUC